AUGUUUGGCGUGUUAUAAAGGUCCACCCAUGUAGAAUUCAGCCGUCGGUUCUUCGGUUCUUCAGCGAAGCGAAUUAGGGUUUCUUGCGAAUCGCCCUUGUAAAGAUGUCCAUCGGCAUCGGUGAGCAGGCUUGCAGCCUCGCCGCUCUCUUACUUUACGAUGAUGGGAUUCCGAUUACGGCGGAGAAGAUAUCUACGCUGGUGAAGGCUGCGAAAAUCUCAGUUGAAUCUUACUGGGCAACCCUUUUCGCGAAGCUUCUUGAAAAGAAGAGCGUUGAGGAUAUCAUCCUUAGCGUCGGAUCAGGCGGAGGUGGCGCUGCUGUGGCUGUAGCGACUCCUGCAGCUGGUGGCGGCGGUGGUGCUGCACCAGAGGCAGCCCCUGCUGCUGAGGAGAAAAAGGAAGAGCCAAAGGAGGAGAGUGACGAUGAUAUGGGUUUCAGUCUUUUUGACUAGAAAUCCACUUUUCUUGUUUGCCUUGUUGGGUAAAAACACUUGGUUGGUGUAAUUCUCUAUGCUUUUAUUUAUUUAGGAUUUGGUUGUGUAUGGUAUUUUGUGUCUCAGAUGCACAGCUUGAUUUUCCAUGCAAAAAACUGUUUUUUUUUGCAUGGUUAAAUCUCAAGUGAAGUUUAUUUUCCAAGUGAAUUGAUGUAAUUUUGUUUUCACAUUAUGAGGUCAUGAUUUAUGAUGGUUGUUUUUUUUGUAGGGAAA